GAUGGGCAGGCACUUGCUGCUUCCUGGUCUGUUCCUGUACCUUCCCUUGACUGCAGGCUGGACAGCUUCUAACUGCCUGGUGACUGAAGGCUCCCGGCUGCCUCUGGUCUCCCGCUUCUUCCUGGUCUGCCCCUUGGACUCCAGCCUGCCGCUCCUUGCAGCAUGCUACUCAGUGACUAAUCUGACACAGGCCUUGGAGGCUGUGCCACAGAGCGUGGAGGGGCUCUGUCUUGCUGGUUCCACUUUGUUUCUGCACCCGGACGCCUUCUCCCACUUCCCUGGGCUCAAGGUCUUAGGGCUGAAUCUGCGUCUCACCCAGCUCCUGCCAGAAGCUCUCCGGGGCUUGGGGCAGCUGAAGCAGCUCUUUUUCAUAGGCCUCCGCACGAAUCACCUCUUCCUACCUCCUGAUGCCUUUGGCAACCUAAGCUCCCUCCAGCACCUUGCCUUCUUGGGCCCCUGCUUGGAUGGAAACUUGGGUGUCCGGUUGCCUCCCGGUCUACAGCGGCUAGAUGUCAAGAACAGUUGCCUUCAGAAUGUAGGGAAAUUGGCCAACAUCUUCCCAGACCUGGUGCUUGGGUCCUCCUCUGGUGAAGCUUGGACUCUGGACAUGUUGGACCUGUCAUUCAACAAUGGGCUGAAGAUGGCCAGUCCUGGGGCCCUCCAGGGCCUCAAGCUGGGGACUUUGCGUCUGGACCACACAAAGAUGGAGGCAGCUGCAGUGGUGGGACUGGGGCUGCAGAGACUGGACACUCUGUCUGUGAUAAAGACUGACACGGCUGAGCUGCCUGCCAGGGCAGUUGCCUACUUUGAGCUACAGGAGCUGAAUUUGGGAUCCACUCUGAUAGGGCACAUAGCUCUGGAGGCCCUGGCUUCCUGCUACAGCCUAAGGCGCUUGGGUCUUGAAAGCAGUGGCCUGACUGACCUGCCACCAGGUUUGCUGGCUGCCAUGCCCAGGCUUCAGAGACUGAACCUGUCCAGCAACCAACUGCAGAGUGUCAUGCUGUGCACGAAUGAGACAGGGGCUGUGUCAGGACUGUGGGCCCUGGAUCUGUCAAAGAAUGGGCUGCAUACCCUGUCCCCAGCCACCUUCUCCUGUUUGCCCCAUCUACGGGAGCUGCUACUUCAGGGAAACCAGCUGGUUUGUCUGGAGGGCCAGGUAUUCCAGGGCUUAAGGAGGCUGGAGAUGUUGGACUUGGGCGGGAAUCCACUGGUAGCCCUGGGCGAUGGCUGGUUGGCUCCUCUGCCUGCACUGACCACCCUAAACCUGUUGGAUACCCGCAUGGUGUUGAGCCCAGGCUGGGACUUCCAGGGCCCAGAGAGUCUGCACAACUUGAGCCUGCAGCUCCCCUCUGGCCCUUCCAGGGUAGCAUUGUCCCUGCCCAUGAGGCUGAGGAGCUUGGAGCUUCAUGCAGCCUCAGGCAGGGAGCAUUGGAAGCUGGCUUCUAACGUUUUUCCAGUCUUGCAGACCCUGACUCUAAAAGGCUGGGGACUGCAGCUGGGGACCCAGAAUGUCUCCGAGAUCUUCCCUGCCCUUCUCCAACUCUCCCUGCUUGGCAAUAGCUUGGAGGCCCUCUGCUCCCAGGACACCUCUAGCUUCUUCCUCUGGCAACUCCCUAGGCUCCAGUAUCUGAGGGUAUGGGGGGACAGGCACAGCCCUAGGCCCUGCUGCAUCACAGGGCUUCCCAGCCUACGGGAGCUGAAGCUGCAGGCACUGCAAUCCCGAGCCCAGCCCCGCCCUGUGCGGCUUGAGGAGCUGGUGGGUGAGCUGCCCAGGCUUGAGGUGCUGCAUCUGGCCCAAACGGGGUUGGAGACACUCUCUGCCGCUGCUUUCCAGGGCCUGGGAAGUCUCCAGGUCUUAGUGCUAGACUGGGAGACAGGACUGGUGCUGGAUGGCAGCCUCCAGGAGCAUAGUCCCCAGAUGCCCCAGUACAUGUAUAUUCUGACUGCAUCCUUGGCCUGCCAGUGUGCCAAUGCCUGGGUGGGUCCUUGGCUUGAGCGGUCCCCCAGGACAUACAUACACAUAAAUUCAAAUCAGCUGUGCCAGCCAGAACCUGGGGGCCGCUCCAAGAAUCCCCUUUUCCCCUUUCUCCAGAGCCACUGCCCCAAGACUUCAGGGUUGGGACUCUUUUUGGGCAGCUUCGCCUUGCUGCUUCUGCUAAUCUCUUUGCCCCUUCUACAGGAAGCCAGGAACUCCUGGAUCCUCUACCUCCAGGCCUUGUUCAGGGCUUGGCUGCAGGGCCUGAGGGGUCGGAGGGAUGAAGGCCACAGGUUCCUCUAUGAUGUGUUUGUGUCGCACUGCAGGCAAGACCAGGGCUGGGUGGUGUGGGAGCUGCUGCCUGCUCUGGAGGGCUGCCCUCCAGCUGGCUGGGGGCUGCGCCUCUGCCUCCCUGAGAGGGAUUUUGAGCCAGGCAAGGACGUGGCUGACAAUGUGGCAGAGAACAUGGCAAGCAGCCGGGUUGUACUCUGCGUGCUGAGUCGCCAGGCCCUGAACACCCCACGCUGCCGCCUGGAGCUCCGCCUUGCCACCUCCCUCCUGCUGGCUGCCCCCCAGCCCCCAGUGCUGCUGCUGGUCUUCCUGGAGCCUGUCUCCCGCCACCAGCUCCCCCGCUACCAUAGACUGGCCAGGCUGCUCCGCAGAGGAGACUACUGUGUGUGGCCCAAGGAAGACGAAAGAAAGGACGAGUUCUGGGCUUGGCUGGGGAGCAGGCUGGGGAAGCCUGGGUUGGGCUAGAGUGGGUGCAUGUGGGUUGGAGGGUGGGGAUAUGAAAAACAAGCCAGCCUGGUAGGGAGAGAGUGGGUAUGUGUGGGUGCGUGAGACCGAACUCAGCUUCUGGUGGGCGGUGGGGUGCUGCCUGUGUAGGGAGGAUCAACCAGUGGCUUUGGGAACACAGGCUUUGGGAAGGCUCUGGAGGCUGAAUGAGAACAUUUGGGAGAUGGCAAGUGGCCAGGGGGUAUGUGAUGUGAUCUCAAGAUCUCUAAAUCCUCAGUAAAUUUACUAAAUCCAUGAGAUGCUUGACAUAGUUGGACUUUUUGAUGGAAACCCACCUGAUGCAGAAGGCGAAGGGGCUGGGGUCGUGCAAACUGUAGCCCACAGGAAAUAAAGUUAGGAAUUCAUGGAGAGCACGGGGAAGGAAGGAGGCUCUAAGCACUCCUAAGCUGUGGCACGGGGUCCAGGUCAUUCAACCAAAUCUUCAAGGGGCAGAAGAGCUCCUUUUGCCAUCUGGGUUAUAGAGGACUACGACAGCUGAGGACCAAAAAGCUGGGAUGCUGUCCAGGAGGCAGCAGACUGAUCGCCUGUUCCCUUGAUAAAAACACGAAGGCAUGGUCAUAUCUUUCAUCCUGUUUGAGCCUCACAGCAACACUGGGAGGUGGCACCCACUCCCUUGGUGCUCUGUGCUCUAGCUAUACUAGACUACUUGUCGCUCCCAGAACACCAUGUGCUCUUGCCUCUGGGCCUUUGCACACGCUGCUCGUUUACCCCACAACACCCUUUCUCCCAAUUUCUUUUCUUUGGGGAACUACUAUGUAUCCUUUAAGAUUCAGCUCAGUCCUCACUUUCUCCAGAAGCCUUUCCUGACCUCCCAGCCUGGGUAAGAUGCUGCCUCUGGGUUCCCGCAACUUCCUGCACUUACCUUCCUCAAAGUACUGAUCACAGUGUACGGGUCCUCACUGGUCUAGGGGUCCUGAGAGCAAUGGUCUCCAAAGGGGGGUGCACAAGACAAGCCACUGGGGUUUAGGAAGAAAAUGUUAAAACUUUUAUUCCUAUUUUGUUUUAAGUCUCACUUUAUUCUGAAGCGAGACUGCCUGCUUUUUAGCCAUUAUGGCUUUGUUAUGUUCCUUAGCCUCUGUACCUCAGUUUCCUCUUCUGUAA